GUCUCACCUCGACCGCGUCUCCCACGACGCCCGAUUCCUUUGUUCUUAAUCCUUCCCUUCUCCUCCACGGCUCCCAAAUCGAACCAUGCGGCGGAAGCCGGCAAUCUCGCUGCUCUCUAUCGCCGUCUUUCUCUUCUUCGCUGCCUCCGUAUUCUUCCGCGUCACUCGAGAAUUCCUCCCUUCCGCCGCCCUCAACUCCGCCGCCCUCCGCCGCCCUCAUACAUCGCUCGCCGCCCGUGAGCUCCUCGGUUCCCCGCCGCCGCCCCUCGACGCCAUCCUCCUUCCUGAUUGGGAAGUCCUUGUCCUCCUUCCUCCCGAUUCCUCCUCCUCUUCCAUCUCCGCCACCGAUGGAAGCCUUUUCUGCCUCUUCCACACCGGCGCCGCCUCCCCGGCCCAUCCCGCCGGUGCCUCCGCCUUCCGAUGCGCUCUGCCUCGCCGCCUCCGUCGUAUCCGACCCUUCUAUGCUCCUCGCCUUUCCGCCGACUCCGCCGCUGCCGGCCACGACUUCGAUUUCGCGCCUCGGGAGAUGAUCCGGUGGUCGAUGUCAGUGGCUUAUGAAUCCUUCUCCACCGACGACGACGUCAUCGUCUUCGCUAAGGGCAUCAACCGCCGUAAAGACUCCGUCCGCCCCGCCGCUGACAUCAAGUGCGUCUUCAUUCCUGCAUCCGGAGGCCCCGCUCUCGCUUCGACGCCCGCCACGUCGUCCUCCCAAGAGGUCUUCCGCUGUCCCCACCCCUCCGUGCCUCCUCUCCAACCGCUGCGCGUUUCCCUAGCCGUCGCGCCAGAGGCGGCGCCGAUCGCCACGGUUGCGGAGUACCGGAGCCCUUCGCUCCAGGACCGGCCGCCAUCCCGCGGCCGCGUUGCGGUCUGCGCCUGCACGAUGGUGUUCAACGCCGCCAAGUUCCUCCCCGAGUGGGUGGCAUACCACGCCGCCGUCGGCAUCGAUCGUUUUUUCCUAUACGACAAUGCGAGCGAGGACGAGCUCGAGCCGGUUGUGAGCCGUCUCGGGUCCGUUGGGUUCGACGUGGUGGUCCGGUCCUGGCCCUGGCCCAAGACCCAGGAGGCGGGUUUCUCCCAUUGUGCCGUCUCGAAUCAGAAUGAGUGCGACUGGAUGGCCUUCAUCGACGUGGAUGAAUUUGUCUUUGCUCCAGCUUGGGUAGAUUUUGACAGACCCAACCGGUCCUUGAUAGACUCACUCCUCGGCACCCCACCAGAAGUCGGUCAAGUCGCCAUUCGAUGUCUCGAGUUCGGACCAUCAGGCCACCGUAGGCACCCCGAAGCCGGCGUGACCCAAGGGUACACUUGUCGUCGCCAAAUUGAGGAACGCCACAAGUCGUUUGUGCGACUCGACGCCAUCAACCUCUCACUGAUCAACUCAAUCCACCAUUUUGGGCUAAAAGAUGAUAGCGAAACGAAAUUUUUGACACUCUCUGAAGCCAGAGUCAAUCACUACAAGUACCAAGCUUGGAACGAGUUCAAGAUCAAGUUUCGAAGGCGUGUGUCAACCUACGUGGCCGAUUGGAAACAAUCAACAAGUCUAGGCUCGCGGGACCGAGUGCCCGGCCUAGGUUCCGAGGCGAUAGAACCAUCAAACUGGGCCAAUAUGUUUUGCGAGGUCAACGAUACUUUGCUUCAAGACACAACUCGGAAAUGGUUCGGAACAGUGAAUCUUCUAGGGCAAUACAGAAUGCCAUGGCAGAACUAAAAAAAAAUUCAUUUAUUUUUUCUUCAAAAUUAUCUAAUUUUACCAGAAAGGACAAUUCUUUCAUUUAUUUUGGUGUAACUAUUGUUGAGUUAUGGAAAUAAUUAAUACAUUUAUACU